AAAAAAAAAAAAAACCUAAAACAAAAGCAAUGUAGUUAAUCACAGUCAUAUCUUUUGACUUAUUGAACAUCUGUGACUGGCCAUUGUAUAAGUUAGUCAGAAUUCAUUUCUAAACGCCAUAUUUAAUUUUUUUAGACAUGAUGUAAAUCAGAGCUUCAUUGAUUAUGAAGGAACAUUAUGAGAUAAAGUGAAGCGAGUGACAGCUUUUUAGUGAUUAUAUGGAAGCAUUUGCUCACAUUAGGCUAAAUAAUCCAUUCAGUAUUUGCCUUAGAGGACCGAUGGCCACAUACCCCGUACAUGCAGCACAGUUUCAGGAGAGCCAUAGAGUCUAUCCCCAACCAAGACUCCCACCAAUCCCUCAACAGCACUGAAUAACUGACACAUGUCAAACAACUGCGUCACGGCUGACUUGUUGGACUAUGCUGGACAUUAGCAAAACCAUCUCUCUAUAUCUGUCCAGUUAUGGAAAUUGCUGUAAUUUGCUUUUGAAUGUGCAAAGAAAAGCCAUCUUACCUGCGCCAUCUAUUGGUUAACAAAUGUCAGCGUAUUCAUUUUAUUCCCUAUUUUGUCAGACUGUGAAUAAAGAGGUUGCACAUAAUUUAAGGUGAGUAUAAAAACAGGGAAACUGACUAAAAUAACUACAUUUGCUUGUAAACAGGACUCCACCGCCCCUCAAAUGCUUUAUCCAUUAAGGAAAAGUUUGUUGUUGUGCUGAGACUCUAGUGUUGUGGUUAAGAUGAUUUUUUUUUUCAAGAAAGCUUCGCAUGUGACAUCACAGAUGGGGCCUUUUCAAGCUCAGUCAUUCUGCUGACAGGUCUUUUUUGUGUUUUAUUCUGUUGUGAUACGGCACAUUUGAUGCUCACAAGCGCUCCAUUCGUAGGCCGGAUCUUUGUGCAGGUUUCUAGAUGCCUGCGGAUCACAUCAUUGAAAUGUUGUGGCUUUCGUCAGUAGUUUUGGCUCUCAUCGCAGUGGUUGACGCCUGUCCGACGCCCUGCAAAUGUGAAGAUCAUGAAAUCAUAAUUUGUUCGGACCAGAGACUUCUGGAGCUCCCUCAUCUGCCUCAGAGCACCAAGCAAUUAUAUGCGACACAUAAUAUGAUUCAAGCUCUCCCCGAUGAAGGUUUGGAAGGAUUGUCGAUUCUGGAUCUAACCAAGAACAGAUUGUCACUCAAUACCAACUGGCAGAACAUGAGCAAUCUCACAAAGCUAUUUCUGAGUGGAAAUAGUUUGAGCACAUUAACACCGAGACAGUUUCAAGGGCUUUUGACACUCAGAAUGUUAGAUCUCAGUGACAACGACAUUAAAACGCUUCCGCGAAAGUUCCUCUAUGGUUUGGCUAAGCUUCAGAUCCUUAAUCUGAAUAUGAACAAGAUAUUACAUUUAUCCUACGGGGUCCUGGAUGGAGCUUCUGCCCUUAAGGACCUCCAACUGAGAAAUAACUUGAUCGAGACUGUCGAGGUAGGUGUGUUUGAGAACUGCACACAUCUAGGUCAAAUUUAUCUGUCAAUGAACAACCUAAAAAGUGUAGGUAAUGGGAGUUUUAAGGGUGCCACAGGCCUAAAUCACCUCGAUCUCAGUCGAAAUGGACUAGUUGCAGUACCUACUGGUGUCCUUCAGGACACUCUGAACCUCACUAGCUUCUAUCUGCAAAGAAAUAACAUAACUUCAAUCCCUGACGACAUUUUCUCUGCAAUUCCCUCACUGAAGCAUUUAGAUAUGAGUCACAAUGCACUGGUUUCCCUGUCCGACGGUUCGCUCAGAGGUCUUUCACAGCUGGGCACAUUGGAUCUGAGUUUCAAUCAGUUGCGGUUGCUGACGUCACAUGUGUUUGAGGAUUUGGGAAAUCUUGAGAGCCUUAAUUUGUAUAACAAUGGUCUGAUGUUGCUUCCGAACGUCUUGUUCAAUAACUUAAGCAGGGUAACAGACCUUCAGCUGGACAACAAUAAUAUUUUUGUCAUUCCACCGGAUCUCUUUCACCCACUUUCAGCUUUGCAAGAUCUACAACUGGACAACAAUCAUAUUGAAGUGCUCCACUCGCACACAUUUAUGAAGCUGAGGAAGCUUAAUCAUCUCGAUCUUUGCAACAAUGAGCUCGUGAAGAUUCCCGCGCUCCUCUUCAAAAGGACGCGUCAUCUGAGGGAUCUUAACCUGGAAAACAAUCAUAUCCGCAACAUUCAAAAAUCGUCCUUUAAACACUUAGUCAAGCUACAGACUCUGAAACUCAACAACAACCACCUGUCAAGACCCUCUGCAGAUCUACUGACUAGUCUUAGUAAUUUACGGGAGCUAUGGCUGAGUGAGAACCAGAUAGAAACCAUCCCUAUUGGAUUUUUCGCAGGUCUUACUAAACUGAGGUUUCUGGAUUUGUCCAACAAUAAAUUGCAUUCCAUCUCUUCUGAAGCCUUCAAAGAUCUGUCCGCACUGAAAGAGCUGGAUCUGAGAUUCAAUGCUCUCAAUAAACUUCCAGCUGACAUCUUCACAUCUUUGAUAAAACUCAAAAGGCUCCACCUGGAGAACAACCAGCUCACAUACUUGCCUAGCAAAGUGUUUUCAGCUCUAACCAGUUUGGAAGAGCUCUAUUUGGACAGAAACCAGAUCCAGCACAUACAUCCAACACAGUUUGAAGGCUUAGUGGUGUUACGUGAACUUGAUAUCAGAUUUAAUCAACUGAGCUAUAUGGACAAAGGGACUCUGAUGCCUUUAGAAAAUCUAACGCUUAUUCAUCUUAAUGGGAAUCCAUGGAAUUGCUCUUGCGUGUUCAUUCUCUACUUAAGUCAGUGGUUUAACAAUAAUACUCAUUUGGUAAAAAAUACACCCAUGUGCUCUUCUGGUCAAAAUCUUUCCUAUCCAGCUCAUUUUCCAUAUUCAUUGUCACAUCAUUGUGCAAGUUCUGCCUGUAUCUCUUUCAUCACAGAGAAAUUAAUGGUUCUCUUUGUUUUAACUCUGGGUUUUCUUUUCUUUUGAGAUCUAGCUAUCUGUGCUGCGCUAAACUCUGUCUGGAUCUUUGUUGAGACGUGAAACCACAACUUCUUCACACAGAAAAAAGAUUUAUCUGAGAUUGAAUGUUUUUCACAAAAACUAAACUGCUACGUGAAAUACUUACAUCCUCUUUACUUCUCUGAGAGCGUGACAGGAAUCUGCAAUCAGGCUAAAUGCUGACAUUGCUGGAGGGAAUUUCCACUUACUCAUUUCAGACCCAAGAGAAGAUUUACUUGCAUUCACUUAUCUAAAUUUUUCUAAGAAUUUUAUAUAGGUCUCUAAACAAGCAGGUACGACCGGAUGCAAAGUGUGGUUAAUUUUCUGCAAAACCAGGCCUGAUCAUGUUUUCUAUGCGCUUCUUUAUUAUAUUGGCCUAGCUUGUCAUUAAUGACUAGAAAAGAUUUCUGAAAGAAUUCUUUUAAAAGUAUGCUACUUAUGUAGAGGCUGGCUUUACUGGAAGAUGAAUUAGAAAGAGUGGAAGAGAAAUGUAAAUUUAAAGCAAAUGGGGUGAAAUCAACACAAUAUUAUAUGUAUACAUAUAUAAUAUCGUAAAUGCUAGAUUGCAGUUGUUGCUGUUAAGGGUGGCCAACCAGUUAUUAGGUUUAGGGGGCAAGCGCUUUUUCACACAGAGCCCAUGUGGGUUUAAAUUUUGUUUUCCCUUCAUAAUAAAAACCAUCAUUUAAAA